AUAUUAAAUUAUAAACUAAUUUUUAUAUAAAUAAAUGAAAAUUUGAGAAAAAUAAAUAAUUUUUAAAAAAUUACUAAGAAAAAGUCACAGGGUAGAUGCAUAGUUUCCAGGGGUGGAAGGCUGUUUCGGCCGCACCCCGAUGGCAGUCGUCAUUUCAACGUGGCUCAACAAGUACACGCGGUUGUAUAUAGUUGAUUUAAAUAUUUGAAAAUAUAUUGUAUAAUGUAAAUUAACUAUAAUCUUAUUUAUUAAUAAAUUGAAAAAAAGCGCAAUAUACAUGCUUUAUUAAUAUUAAAAAAUUUAAAUAUAUUUAUCAUUCUUAUAUUUUAUUUCUUCAUUGAUCUGUUAAUAAUAAAACACAUAAUAAGUAUUUUAAUAAAUUGAUUUGAAUGACAUCAAAAGUAAUGAACGGGGAUAACUGGAAUGAAAAAUGGCCUAAACAAUCACAAGCUAAUAAAACAAUACGUCGAAAUAGUAAGCGAACUGAAAAAUUAAAAUUAUCAAACUCAUCUAAAGGAACAACACCUAGAGAAAAAACUCUUAGAAGAUUGGAAAGCAACGAGAGGGAAAGAAUGAGAAUGCAUAGUUUGAAUGAUGCUUUCCAGUCUUUACGUGAAGUAAUUCCACAUGUAUCGAAAGAAAGACGAUUAUCUAAAAUUGAAACUUUAACUUUGGCAAAAAAUUAUAUAGUUGCUCUUACUGAUGUAAUAUGUGCCAUGAGAAAUGAAGAAAAAGCUAUAGAUCCACAAUCAGAAAUUUCUGAAUCUCAAGAAUCAUCAAAAAAUAUGAAUAUUUGUCUAAAUAUGAAUAUUCCAAUUCCUUCAAAAUCUUGUAGUUAGGAGAAUAUAAAUAUUUAUUGAAAUCAUUAUUCUUUGCAAAGAAACAAUUCUAAAAACGAUUGCAGGUCUCAAAAAUAAUAUAAUAUAUUUCUUAAUAUUAAUAGGAAAAAUAAUAUUGA